GCUAAAAAAGUCCACUUUCAGGACUAUAACCACACUGUGAUUGAUGAAAUAACCUUGCCUAAUGUAGUGGCUAACUGUACUGAUGGUGGUGGUGAUGGCAGAAUUAGUGAACCUCCUUCAAAGAAGCACAAGAAAGCAGACUUCAUACCAGCUCUAAUGUCUAAGUGGAGAUUUUUUUCCGGAGAAUGGGCUGAGUUUAGCCAACUCCUGUUAAGUGGCAACAAACCCUUUUCAAGGUAUGACCUUAUUCUCACAUCCGAGACCAUCUACAAUCCUGACUACUACAGUGCUUUGCAUGAUACGAUUUCUAAACUGUUGGAUAAAAAUGGCCGCGUGUAUUUGGCUAGCAAAGCACAUUAUUUUGGGGUGGGAGGUGGAGUGCAUAUCUUUGAGAAAUUCAUUGAAGAGAGGAAUGUGUUCAGGACUAGAACUGUCAAAGUUAUCGAUGAAGGACUGACGCGGUACAUUAUUGAAAUGGCCUUUAAGAUUUCCAGUUAAUCCAUUAAUUCCCCAUUGUGCCUGUUAAAUAUCUUAAUAAAGAAGUGAUUUAUA